AUAUAUAUAUAUAUAUAUAUAUAUCAUCACGAUAUCUUAUAAUUUGAAGUGCUUUGCGUUGGUUCAUGAGCUCUUUUAGUAGUUAGUACCGGUAGUACAUGUCGAGCCAUAUUGGCGUGAACCGCGGCCGUCGUCAUGGCUCCCGAUAGAGGAUUGACCGUGUUAGAGCCCAUACCAGAUGAUGACCUCCAAGUCGAGCACGAUGCCGAGCGGAUGAGACCGCCGACGGCCUCCGGGGAGGCUGAUCUGCCUGUCAAGUUCCUUCCCGAGGGCCGUCAUUUUACCAUUCGAGGCGUCGUCGUUGGCUUGCUCGUCGGUCUUGUCAUCGUCUUCUCCAACAUGUACUUCGGCCUCCAAACUGGCUGGGUUAGCAUGAUGACCAUGCCUGCGAGUCUGUUGGGUUUCGGCAUCUUCCGUACCCUCUCGCGCAAUUUGAGCUUCCCAUUCACGCCCGUUGAGAACGUCCUGGUGCAAUCUGUCGCCGGUGGUAUGGCUAUUAUGCCGCUUGGUUGUGGCUUUGUCGGCGUGCUACCGGCUAUGGAAUACUUGUUGAAGCCCUCUGAGCAGGGUCCCAUCACUCUCAGCAUGGGCAAGCUGAUCAUCUGGUCCCUUGGUCUUUGUUACUUUGGAGUCGUGUUUGCAGUCCCCUUGCGACGACAAGUCAUCAUAAGAGAACAACUGAAAUUUCCAAGUGGUUUCAGCACGGCAGUGCUGAUCGGCGUCUUGCAUGGCAAAGGAGGCACUCAGAGCAGCGGAGCGUUGGACUCGUCCAAAGCCGCUACAUUCGGAAGCCUAGCGCUGGAGAAUCAACCCCUUUUCGAGUCCGAAGAUGCAACUGAAGAGCAUUGCGCGUCCUCCGCAAAGAAGCAGACCUGGGCUGCUAACAUAAGGCUAUUGCUGAUUACGUUUGGUAUCUCGGGCAUCUAUACACUGUGCACAUACUUCUUUCCAAUCCUGCGCAAUCUUCCUAUAUUCGGCACUGUCGCGGCCGAGACUUGGCUGUGGACCCUCAACCCCAGUUUCGCUUACAUCGGCCAGGGUAUCAUCAUGGGACCAGCUACCACCAUCCAUAUGCUGCUAGGCGCGGUAAUCGGAUGGGGUGUCUUAUCACCACUGGCGAAAAGUCGGGGUUGGGCACCUGGACCAAUUAACGACUGGGAGUCCGGGAGCAAAGGGUGGAUUGUCUGGACCUCGCUGGCCAUCAUGUUAGCAGAUGCGGUCAUUAGUCUUGGUCACGUCGCCUUGCGCCCUCUGUUUGAAUAUGGGCCGGCGUUACUUAUAUCACUGAAGCGAAAAUAUGACCGCGGUGGCUUGCAAGGUCUUUUCCGACGCCGUCCUAGUGGAUAUACGGCUGUUGCUAACGACGAAGCCAUUGAUAGCCGACAUUCGACGUCUAGCAGAGGCGGACCAGGUAGUGUGUCAAAUUCACAUCAUGAACACGUAGACCGAAGGGUUUGGGACCACGAUGAUGCCCCUCCAGAACAGUUGGUGGGCACAAAAACCGUUAGCAUUGGUCUAGUUCUCUCGGUUCUCUUCUGCAUCGGCAGCAUUCAUAUCACUUUCGGAGAAUUGGUGCCGUUAUAUGGUACCAUCAUCGCAGUAUUCAUGGCCAUGGUACUGUCUAUAAUGGGUGUACGUGCGCUGGGCGAGACGGACUUGAAUCCGGUAUCGGGCAUCAGCAAGAUUGCGCAGCUCUUCUUCGCGCUCAUCAUACCACAAACCAACAAAGCCAGCGUGCUCAUCAAUCUCAUUGCCGGUGCUGUCUCAGAAGCUGGGGCUCUGCAGGCGGGAGACCUAAUGCAGGACCUCAAGACGGGGCACCUCCUGGGUGCAGCUCCGAAGGCCCAGUUUUGGGGUCAGAUCAUUGGUGCUACGGUUGGAGCUGUAGUCAGUGCGUGGAUUUACAGGCUCUAUACGGCCGUGUACGAGGUCCCUGGCGACUUAUUCCAGGUACCCACUGCGUUCGUAUGGAUCUUUACGGCGAGACUCGUCACGGGCAAGGGGUUGCCGUUCAUGGCACGUGAGUUUGCGAUGGGGGCUGCUCUCAUAUUCGCUGUCUUUACAGUCCUGAGGAUUAAAGGCAUGGGGAGGAAGUGGCACGCAUACAUCCCCGGAGGCAUUGCCGUUGCAGUUGGCAUGUACAAUGUUCCCUCGUUUACCCUGGCGAGGACCAUUGGUGGGUUGAUGAACUGGUAUUGGAGAGUGCGUCUCGGGAAGGAUGACACACCCCUCAUUGUGUUGGCAUCUGGCUUCAUUCUAGGCGAAGGGUUCUUGAGCAUCGUCAAUCUGAUUUUACAGAGUUCCCAGGUGCCUCACUUAUAAGCACUUGCUGUACUGAAGUAGGUAUAUAUAAAUGGUAUUACGCAUGUCUAGUGUUGUGGUUUGGGAUAGGUAGAACAAUAUCUACGAUACCUCCUAGUAUAAGCUUCGUCGUGGUAUCACGCAAGCCCCAUAUUUGGCCCCUCUCAAGCCCCUCACACAACCAAACUUACAGUGGGAGAAUCGCACCACUAUGGUGGGGUAAAACCCGAGGCAACAAUUGCCCUUUUAAUCCAUUCCUACCUAUAUAUAUAUACUUACCU